UGUUACUUCGUUUGUACAAAUAAAGUAACAUUCGUUUUGAAAAUGCAGCUACAGAUUAAGGAAAAUAUAGACUUUUGAGGAAAUACACUAGAAAUAUCAUGACACAGACUACUCCUGCUGGCGAAUUAGCAACGAGCAAUCCUACGGAAAUGGGUGCAACCAACUUGGAACUUCCAAAUAUUGAUUUUCAAAAUGAUCACUAUCCUUUUUGCAUUGUUUGGACGCCAAUUCCUAUAUUGACUUGGUUUUUCCCGAUGAUUGGCCAUAUGGGAAUCUGCAUGUCAAACGGAGUGAUCCGUGACUUUGCAGGUUCUUAUUUCGUAUCGGAGGAUAAGAUGGCAUUUGGCCGACCUGCCCGUUAUUUACGUUUACAUCCUAAAUAUGUAGAGGGUGGAGGCUUUAUAUGGGAUGAAUCAGUAUCCAAAGCAUCUGUAUUAUACGGCACACGAAUGCAUAAUCUGUUCUGCGAUAAUUGUCAUUCACACGUAGCUACUGCUUUAUGCGGCAUGCGUUAUAAACAUAAAACUAACUGGUCAAUGUGUAUAUUGGCAUUCUGGAUGUUCUUUUGCGGCCGUUACGUUGGAAUGACGGGAUUCUUCAAAACUUGGUUACCAUUUCUGUUUGUAGUAGCCAUCUGUGGAACGCUAACUUAUUACCAAUAAAUUUAUGCUAGAUAUUUGAAAAUUUUUACUUUAUUUUGAAUAAGAAGCUUAAUAUAAUAAAAUGCAAAAUU